GAUCUGGACGAUUGGUUUGAGCCAACAUGGCACCCCGAUGAUACGGUUUCCUGACGGUAGUUCUUGCUGUUACAGGCAGCGAAGGCAUCAUCAGAGGUUUCCAAGAUCAGGCAAGGAAGUGAAUACGUCCAAAGGUAAACCUGUAUAAAAUGGCGCGGGUGGUGUUCCUCCAUCCAGACCUGGGUAUAGGUGGAGCUGAGCGACUAGUGGUUGAUGCUGCUGUUGCUCUUAAAUCUCAGGGAUGCAGCGUGCAGAUCUGGACAGCUCAUCAUGACCCAACACACUGCUUCUCUGAAACCCUGGACCCAGACCUGCCUGUGGUAUGUGUGGGUGACUGGCUUCCUACUAGUGUGUUUGGCUACCUACAUGCCUUGUGUGCUUACUUGAGGAUGAUCUAUGUGGCCCUCUACUUGGUCUUCUUCAGUGGGGUGGAGUAUGACGUCAUCUUCUGUGAUCAGGUGUCGGUGUGUAUCCCAGUGCUGCGACUGUCCCGUCACAGGAAGAAGGUCUUGUUUUACUGUCACUUCCCAGACCAGCUGCUCACCCAGAGGACAUCAGCUGUGAAGAAACUUUACCGAGCUCCCAUUGACUGGCUGGAGGAACGCACCACGGGCAUGGCUGAUAUGAUUUUGGUGAACAGCAAGUUCACUGCAGGCAUCUUCAGGGAGACUUUUCACAGUCUAAGCAGAGUGCAGACAGAUGUCCUCUAUCCCUCCCUCAACACACUUACCUUCGACCAGUCGCCCUCUGAAGCGCAGGGUCUGCAAGGGCUUCUCCCCGAGACAACGACCUGCCUGUUUCUCUCACUGAACAGAUACGAGAGAAAGAAGAAUCUGGGUCUGGCUUUGGAGGCUCUGGCUGCCCUGAGGAGCAAUCUUACUCCAGGACAGAGCGCAGGUAUUCACCUGGUGAUGGCUGGAGGCUAUGAUGAACGAGUUACUGAGAAUGUUCAACAUUAUGCUGAACUGAAAGAACUGGCAGCACAGCUCCACUUGGAGGACUGUGUCACCUUCCUUCGUUCCCCCUCUGACUCACUGAAGGUGGCACUGCUGCGGGGCAGCGCAGCCGUGCUCUACACCCCCAGCAGAGAGCAUUUUGGGAUAGUUCCCAUAGAGGCCAUGUACUGCUGCUGUCCUGUUAUCGCCGCAAACUCUGGGGGGCCCCUGGAGAGUGUGGCAGACGGGGAAACAGGCUUCUUGUGCGAGCCUACAGCCGAGGCUUUCUCUAAGGCUAUGGAGAGGCUCGUCAGGGAGCCCCAGCUCUGCAGGGACAUGGGACAAGCUGGGAGGAGGAGGGUACAAGAUAAGUUCUCUCUUCAGGCCUUCUCAGACCAGCUGUACGGUUACAUUGUCAGACUGAGCCAGUGAAGGUUUCUGGAGAAAACCAGUGACAUGGUGGGAAAAACAACUGUGAAACUGACUGGAUGACCAGGGCCUUCUGAGAGUUGACGUGGAUGUCUUCUAACGGAGCAUGUAUGUGUAUAUGUGCAGGGAGGUGAGAGGAGGUUAUGAGAAUGUAGAGGACAAUUAAUCAGCAUUCCCUAGAGUGGUUGCCGAGAGGGAAGAAAAGGAUGGAAUCUCUCUACUAAUUAAGAAAAGAGUAACACAGUUUGCCUAACUCUGGAAAAAUACCACCUCUGAUUAUGUGUAUGUGUGUAAAUGUAGCAGCGGGGCAACCAAGAGCCUAGUGAAGGAGUGUACCAAAAGGUUUGAUUGUUAGAUUGAAAUGUUUUGCACUGUGUAUGUUUUUUCCUGGCUUUUCUACAGAAGUCUUUGUCUUUGUGUGUUUGGGGAUGAAGAAAAAGAAUGCAGUUACAACUAUGUGCUGUCAGGCAAGCACACAGUCCCAGAUCGAUAAACAGGAUGCUUUCUACUACUUCCUGUGCAUCCAGAGCGUAGUUCCCACCCUCGCAUUCACAAGACACUGGCCGGUCCAUGACUCUCGCUGCUGCGUGGAGGUUAUUAAAAAAUGACAGAGUGUGUUUGGCUUUAUUAGAGGUCUGGCUGAUGGGCAGUGUGCCUGUGUCUGGGUCAUUAUCAACAAGGAGAAUAGCAGAAGGUCAUUGUGUCUGCGUACUGGUCUCCCCAGCCCUUCUACUAUAUAGAAAGGCUCCUAUUGACAUUCCUGAAGUCUUAAUAAACAAGAAGACAAAUAGUUUUCUGACUUAUGGGCUCUGGUUUGUUGGUAAGUUUUUUUUGGCCUUUAAUAGAGUUUGCUAAGGAUUUUGUGGGUGAGCACAGUGACAGAAACAUUGUUAAUACAGGACAAAGAUUGGAUUGUGCCUAUGGUUGUUAAAGGAAACUUUCUCAAAGUAGCAGUGGAGGAAUCUCUUUUUAUUUCAUUUUCCCCAUCAACAAAGUUAGUGUGCACAUAUCUCAAGUCUCCAUCCGUUGCUGCACUAUCAUUUGCAGAGUCUGAGUGGUUUCCACGUGUGCUUCAUUUGUUUUCUUAAAUGGAAUCUAAAAAAGGAGUCAAUUGCAACUUUAAGUGAUUGUAUUCAUUUUCAAAUAUUUGCUUGAAAGACUCAUAUAAUGUUUACUAAAGUUUAAUGGUUGUGGAUUAAAUAAAUGUAGCACUCAGUCACUGUCAUCUGAACUCACCUGGUUACACACAGCUUGGCCAUAUCGAAUAAAAGUGGCAAAAUGCUCACUGUUGAAGCUCAUCAGGUUGUACUUGAACUCCUGCUGCAGAAAGGUCUCACAGCGGUACAUCAUCGUCUCCUGUGGCGCAGGAACCAGGUUGUGUUUGUUGUUGUUGACCCUGAUUCGAGUUCCUAAAGGCAAUUUGAUGUCCGUAAUACGCUGCACGCAGAUUCUGGUCUUCUUCAAAACACGACUGGACUUGGGCAUCAUUUGUUGCAGGAAACUGCGGCAGGCUGCCUGUGUCAUGUUCUCAUCUAGAGGAGGGAAGAUGUUAUUUAUAAACUAUACAGACAAUAAUACAGAUGUGGUUUUGUUCAUAUAAAAUCAUCAGAUGAAAAAUGUGCACUUAUGAAAACAUUAACUGGACAAACAUGUUUCUUAUACCUCCCACACCAAAAUGGGCAACAUGACCUUCUCCGACAUAAACACCCCAGAGAGACAAUCCCAGCCAUGGGUUGACAAACUCAAUCAGGUCUCCGUACUCUGCUGUAAACACACUCUGAUCAAUCUGAAUAAAGAAAAUCAAGAUAGA